UCACUAAACUUUUCCACCAUAUGCGUGUUGAGAUGAGAUGAGGGCAUGAGAGCGUGGGUUGAUGUGGUAUCGCCGAGGACCAUCUUUCAGGACAGCCUGUUAACUGUCGUGUUGUAAUCGUCCUUUCUUAACGCAAAAGGCGUGAAUCUGGGCCUGUUCCAGUGAAAGCAGGAUAUCCUUCUCGUAGGACUCGUUAAAGGAAAAAGUUUCUUCCAGUCUGUGUGCGCCCUCGAGCGCCAGGGGGAGGAAGAGCGGGAGCAGGCUUGACACUACCUCCAUAUAAGGCUUGAAAAGAAGACACAGUACUCAUGAGAAGACAGCACUUAUGAGAAUUCUUAGGCCAUUAGAUGAGUGAGGCCCAACAGAGAAUCCUGGUCGUUCACAGUCAAAAGUAUUGGUGGAAUAUUCCAGGUGGUAUAUUGGCAAAUACACAGGAGGGAUCUCAAAGACACAAGGUUUUUCCAGUAUGAACCGGGCUUUUAACAGGAAAAAAGAUAAAUCCUGGAUGCACACUCCAGAUGCACUGGCAAAGCAUUACAUACCCUACAAUGCCAAGUUUCUUGGAAACACAGAAGUUGACCAACCGAAAGGCACAGAGAUUGUUAAGGAAGCAGUUAGAAAGUUAAAGUUUCAAAGACAUAUCAAGAAGUCAGAGGGACAGAAGACACAAAAAGUGGAAUUACAAAUCUCCAUUUACGGAGUGAAGAUCUUAGAUCCCAAGACAAAGGAUGUCCAGUACAACUGCCAGUUGCAUAGGAUAUCCUUCUGUGCAGAUGACAAGACUGAUAAAAGGAUAUUCACCUUCAUCUGCAAAGACUCCGAAUCAAACAAACACCUCUGCUACGUGUUUGACAGUGAAAAAUGUGCAGAAGAGGUAACACUCACUAUUGGCCAGGCGUUUGACUUGGCCUACAAGAAGUUCCUCGAGUCUGGUGGGAAAGAUGUGGAGACACGGAAACAGAUAGGAACCUUACAGAAAAGAAUUCAAGAACUGGAAACGGAAAAUUCUGGGCUAAAGAAGCAGCUUUGGGAACUGGAGGAGCAAUUGAUGAUUGCUCCUGUACCACCACAGCUGCACAUAAACUCUACUAACGAGGCCUACAUGCUUUCAAGACCCUCCUCGCUCUUCUGGUGUCACAAUCUGACGUCCUUCUCGUGUCUCGAGAUCUCCUCGGUCACACUCACCCCUAUGAGCUCGCCCGAGUCCAACCUCUCGGCAGGCCUACUAACCCCUCCUCCGGCUAAGCCUGCUCUCCUCCCAAAGCCUGCCGACGGGUGCAGCAUCCCGCGGCCUCGCGCUGGCAGCAUCUCCUUGAAACCCCCGAUGUCCACAGACGUUUUUGACAUGGUUCCCUUCUCUGCUGUCACACCCCUGGUGCCAAUUCCCGCAAGCAACGGCACACCCCCUCCCCCCACUACAACAUCUCCUCCAGACAUGAGUAAAGACCUAUUUGGAGCGGAACCUUUCGAUCCGUUCACCUGUGGGCAAGCCGACUUCCCCCCGGAUAUCCAGUCCAGGCUGGACGAGAUGCAGGAGGGGUUCAAAAUGGGACUAACCCUAGAGGCCACUGUCUUUUCUCUUGAGCCACUAGGCGGUCGCUGCUGAUGCAAAGAAGACAUGUUUGUGUUACAUACUGUAAACUCAUUUGUAUUAAAAAAGUGCCAGAAUUGGGUCUACAGUCAAGAUGUCAAUGUUCUUCUAGUCCUUGAGGUUUAUAUGUAUUUGCAUUUGAAUUUGGUUUUAGAAUAUUCAAAAGGUAAUAUUCAAAUCUGAUAUAGAAAGCACUAUUUUUCUAAGAACUGAUAUGGGAAGGAGUAUUUUUGAGACCCUUGCUUUUAAAGGCAAUGAAGGAUGUAAAUAGUAUGUCCAAUGGUAUACUCUGUGGCAGAGGUUUCAUAUACAAGUACGUCUUAUGUUGUAGAAUCUGCUUCAUUGAAUAUACACCACUUAGAUCAGGGGUGUCAAACUCAUUCCACGGAGGGCCUAGUGUCUGCAGGUUUUUGGUUUUUCCUUUCAAUAAAGCCCUAGACAACCAGGUGUGGGGAGUUCCUAACUAAUUAGUGAUGUUAAUUCAUCAAUCAAGUACAAGGGAGGAGCGAAAACCCGCAGACACUCGGCCCUCCGUGGAAUGAGUUUGACACCUGUGACUUAGAUCAACGCUGUUAUUUGUCUGUCAGACGUAAUGACUUGCUCACCAUCAACUCACAAGACACGGAAAUGUAGUUAGUCUUGUAUUACCACUCAUGUACCUAACUCUCAGCUUGCCCUUAAUUUGACAAUUUGAACAUUUCCUCUGUUAUUUUUACUCAUUUUAUUUUUAGUGUAAUUAGUUCUGCUUGUUUUGACCUGACAUUUUAACCGAUUUUAGUUUUAUUGUCUUAUUAAACAUUUUAACAGGUGCAUUUUACAUAUCGGUAUGUAUUGCCAGAGAUUUACUUUCUUAUGAUAUAUGUCAGUGUCCUCUUGCACCGGAAAGCACUUUUGAAAACCUCUGUCAGGACUUGUUCUUUUACUUUGCUGUUACAGUUAUUAAAGAAAAGAUUACUGCAUCACUUAUCAACACUCAAAAAUUAUUGAAAUGUGUUGGCGCUACAAUUUCAACAAAAAAAUUAUGCAUUUGAUAUGUAAAAUUCUGGGGUAUCAAGUAUUUUUGCUAACACUUUACAUUCCGUUUGUUACAUAGCACUUUUGUAACUGCUUUGUUACAUAGCACUUUUGUAACUGCACUUAGAAAAUACUAUGUAACAAAGAGAUAUUACAAUGUUACUAGUGUAAUUACAGCAUUACUGCACAGGUAUAAGAAAACAGAAACUUAAUGUAAAGUGUUAGCAUGUUGGAUAUUCUCAAGAUGUACCGGCGGAUAUUCAACCAUGGAUCUCCAUUGAUGGUUAGGCUUUGAUGGACAUAUUGAAUAACUCUGUUGCUUGGUGACAUCAUAAUAACAGUAAGUAAUACAAAAUGAAAAUAAAACAUUUUAUUGUCACAUA